CGGAAAUCGAGAAAGAGGAGGGUGUCGGUGGCGUCUGUUGCUUUCUUGUUAUGAGAAAUGUCACUGUCACGUGGUGAGGCUGGCUUGAAGAUGGUGGCGGCGGCAUCAGCGUCUGGUGACAGCCUUUGUUAGUUGGAAGCAUCUCUUUACUCUUGAGCUAGACAUGAGAGGAGCGAGCGCCGUGUACGUGGUCGUAGCAGCGCUGAGAAUUAUUCCUUUUUGUUCUAGUGACCUCGCUCUCUAUGCUGGGCCGAUGUGUCUGCAGCAGCCUCAGAAUGUUAGUGUUCACAUUGUUGACAGAAAUAUCAUUCUGAAAUGGGACUGGGAUAAUCCAUGUGGCCUCAAUGUAACCUUUUCAGCAUGGUACCAACAAGCGCCAUCGGAUUAUGAGAUGAAACUUGAAAGCUGGAGAGUUGCUUCUGAGUGUCUGAAUGUAACAGUCACAGAAUGCGACCUCUCAUCAACAAUAGUGAAUUAUCUUGAGAUCUAUACAGUUAACCUAACUGUGGAAUCAGAGGGAAAUCGCUCUCCAUGGGCUUCUUUAGAAUUUAAUCCUUUUUAUAAAGCUGUAAUUGGCCCUCCAGAAGUACAGCUGAAAUCAGUUGAUGAAGGAGUGAAAAUCAACAUUAUACAUGCAGAAGCAACACAGGCAAUGUGGGAACUGGAAACUUUUAACUAUAAGCUAACUAUCUGGAAAAACUCAUCCAGUCCUGAGGAAAAAACACAAGAUAUUUGGCCAGGACAGAUAAUUGAUGAUCUUGAGCCAGGGACUACUUAUUGUUUGAAAGUUAAAGCACAUCUAUCAGAACACAAUGGGUUAUAUAGUCCAAUAACCUGUAUACAAACUAAAGCUCGAGUUGGUCUUCCUCGUCCCACUAAUCUUCGUGUUCAUGCUUUGGAUACAGAAUACGUCUUGUACUGGGAUGAUCUAUAUGAUGGAAAUGUGAACUUCAUGGUACAGCUCAUGCUAGGGUUCAAAAAACGUGUUAGUCAUGAUAUCUCAAAGGAGUGGGAACCUGUAUCUGGAUGUGAAAACACCACAAGAAUACACUGCGACUUCUCAUCUGCUGUCCGGCCCAAUGGAAUUUCCUAUCUCCGUGUACAGGCUAUGAAUGGUCAUAACAAAUCACCGUGGUCUGAAGAGCUACAAUUUGUACCUAAAGAACACAAUGAAAUGGGCCCACCAGGAGUCUCCGUUGAUGCCAGUGAAGACGUCCUCUAUGUUUCCAUCGAGCCUCCCAGAAACAGCAUUAAACUAUAUGUUGAUUUGUCAUACCGAACUUGGUACUGGGAAGCAUCUUCAAAUGCCAAGAGGGCACAUGAAUAUAAAUCAGCACCAUUCACAAUCUCAGGCUUGACCCCUUCAACUUUAUACUGUUUAAAAGUGCAAGCAUUCACUCGAAUAUAUAACAAAAGUAGUGCGUUCAGCAAUGUGACCUGCAUGGCAACAGAUAAUGGACCAUCUUCAUAUCCAGCCACUAUAAUCUUUGCCAUUACUCUGACUGUUUGUAUUUUUACAGCAGGCUUGAUCUACCUUAUAUAUCGUUUUUGCAGACCAAUCAAAGAUGCAUUCUUUCCAUCAUGCAGUCCUCCAAAGAUCAUAGAGAGCAUUGGAGGAAAAAAUGUUAUGAGUUCCUAUUUGCUCACUGCAGAAGAGCCAACAGAAAGCUGUGUGGUCAUAGUUGACAAUAGAGUUACAAAUGAAAUUAACCUGCUUGACACUGAAGACAACAAGCAGUCGGAUCAUAGCAGCCAAGACUCAGGAAACUAUUCCAAUGACGAUAUAUCUGGAAAUAAGGAAUCCCAUGAAACCUCAGAACAGGAAACAGGAUGAUUGGAGAAGAAUGGAUAGAAGCCACUUCUAUCAACAGUGAUAGAAGUCACUGUUCCAAUGAAAGGAACAGUGCAACUAGCACCUUACUAGUUAUAACCAUUGUUACUGCUGUUACAGCAGAUAUAAGCAAGGCUUGGGGCCAAAAAGCAGACUGACAGCUAACUCUUGCACCAAAGAGUUUGUUUUGUGUACUGCUACUGGAAAAAUGGCUGGAAUGUGAAGAACAAAUCUGAUUUGAUUUCUUUACCUAUAACAUAAUAGGGAAAUAUUAAAUCCCAUGUUGGUUGCUGGUUAGUGCUUAAAUUACUGGCUAGCAUUCAGACUAAUGUCAUGGCAGUGCAACAGUGUUUUCUGUUGAAUAAGCGGGAGAUUUUCAACAAUCCUCCCCCACCACUUCCAUCUGCAGCUGCCUGAGGAUUGUGGGACCCUUGAGGACAUAUUUUCAGUAGACGCAAGUUGCUGCAGGGGGAAUUGCUGAAAAUUGCCCCUUGCUCUCUUGCAAGAUGGAAAACACUCUUCCGCCAGCAAUGUUACUCUGGCUGUCGGCUGCUGUUUACAUGCGUGUGUGUUUAAGUACAAAUAGAAUUCUGAGAAAAUAGUAAAUCUAGACUGUUAUAGAUACUAAGUUGCUUUGUUCAAUAUUAACUGUGAGUAUACUGAUGUUUCCCAAAAACGUAUUGGAAGGCUAGCCACAAGCAUGAGGAAAAUUCUGCUCUGUACAAAUAUUUGACUUUCUUUAAAAUAUUGUUGAUUAAUGUUGACGUUUACAAAGCACAUUUUGAGCACAGUGCCAUUGGUGCCUUCUUGUGUGCCUUCUCAAGAUCAUCAUUUCUCACAAUGCCAUCAUGAUUGGCUAAUAAUGACAAGUAUUAGAGUUGGGUAAGUUUUCUCCAGACCUCUUUGGAGAAGUGAAGCAGGUGAAAGGUGUUGAAAGCAAAGCCUUGGUGAGUCUUGGGGUAGUCAUUAUUAUAGCCAGUAUCUCUAUUAAUAGCAUCAAACUUAUUAAUGCUACAAUAAGUAAUGGGAUAUUUAAGUUUUUAUGUCUUAGGGCAUAUAUGUCCAGUGCAUUUUAAUUUUAACAGAAGUAAAGAUAAAUAGGAGGAUAUUUUUGGGUAUUUUCUACCAAUUCAGUUGCAGUUGAAAGUGUGUAACAAUUUUUGGAAAUCGAGUCUUGGGGGGUAUAAAAAAGACCAGGAUGUACUGUGUAAUUGUUGGUAAGUGGUCUCUAGACAUUUCAUUUUCCCUGCUCUUGGGUAAAGGGGAAAAAUCAUUAGCCAGUUGUCAAAAAUACCAAGCUUGGUUUAUAACUAAAUGGGAAACAGCACUAGUUUAGUCUAGAUAAUUUUUAGGAAACUAGGAUAGUUUUCAUACUGUGUUCUUCUGUUAACUAAUGCCAAUAAAUAAGUUAGACCUCAACUACUGACCAAGCUGUCAGUGUUUCUCUGAACCAUUUUUAACAAGUUGUUCUAGUAAGAACUAAUCUGCCUACGUUUCUUUCACUAUCCCUACAGCUGGACUAAAUUUGGGCCAAAUUGGUUAGGCAGUUCACAGGUUAACCCACUGGCACCUCAAACAUUCAUGCAUCUGCCAUCUUGAAUUGGGGUGGAUGACAUCAUCACAGUGUACCUACAACUGUACCAAAUUUGAUGUCCCUGUGUGUCCCUACAGCUGUACCAAUGUGGUCCAAACUGGUUCCUACUUGCACUUCAAAUGUCCAUGUGUCCGCCAUCUUUAAUCAGGAUGGAUGACAUCAUUACAAACUACUUAUUUAUCUCCCUCUCACCACCACUCCCUGUAGCACUAAAAUAAGUAAAAGGAUUUUCACUUCCCGUGUUUCCCUAUAUUUGGUCUGUAUAGGUGCCUACCAAGCUUAUGAAGGUGGAGCAGUCUGUGUGGUCAUGUUCACAUUGGUUGCAGAAUUCAGUCUCUUGCUUUUGCUACUGCAAUUGACUUGUGCCAUUCUUAAUUACCCCUUACUGCUGGGCUUUGUUUUUAGACAGGUAGAAGACACCCUUUUUAGACAGGUAGAAGGGGUAGUGCAUUAUUAUAAUUUGAAAGGAUAAUAAACAGUGCCUUUUUAAAAUUGUUUAGCUUAACAGAACCAAGUAUAAGGCACUGAAAACUCCAUAUGAUAAAGUAAGAGAUCUUUAAAUCCUGAUAUAUAUGGCUAUUUUGGCUUUUGUUUUAACUCUUCCAAUUUAAAAGGGCCAUGCAUGCUUCAAAGGAACAAAUGGCAAUAUUAAUUUUCAAGGUAUUUUCAUCUGCUGACUUUGGAGAGUUCACGGGUCUGAACCUCAUUUGCUGUAAGAAUGAAACCCACAUGUUGCUUCACUUUCACCUAUCCAUUCUGAGGAAGAGCAGCAAACAAUGCUAGUCCUCUGCUUGAAAAAUGUUCAUGCAUUAUAUAGAAUAUAAAGAUUCUAUCUGUGUAAUGGAAUUUGUAAUGGAAUAGUGUUGGAGGACCCAGUACAAAAAACCCACUGAAUCCUAAACUCAGUGAUCACUCUUGAGCAAUUACCAAAUUUCAUAGGAUUGCUGUGAAGAUUAAAAUGGAUUAAGGAUAUAGUGUUAUAAUCCAUCCUGAGCCCUUGAGCUAAGGUGGAAAUGGAAUAUAAACAAACCAUAAUGGUUUUGUGUAUUGGAUUUAUUUUAGUAGCAUCUACAUUCUGUUACAAUGUAUUCAACAUUUCAAUUUUUUAGAUGCAAUUUUUAUUUGCUAACAGACUUCACAUACACAAAUAAAUAAUGCUGGAGCCAACUGGUUUUAUUGUAAUCUGUCCCAAGCAGCUUUAUCUCAAUAACUUGUUAUGCAAAGUAAUAAAUCAGUAGAAUCGGCUGUAAGAGGAGACAUACAUACUCACUCACUCCUGCUAAGGGGGAAAAGAAGCACCUUUCAAAGUGGUGUCAAAAAUUGCCACUUCUCCAGUGCAUCAGUGCAGUUAGUCUAGAAGUGCUAAGUGCCCGUUCUAAGUACCGCUGCACUGGUGCUUCCUUGGUCUGAAUGUCAGCAAGUAAGAAUUUUGUUAAAGUAUGGAAAAAUCUUGAUCUGUUAAAAAUGCUGACAGAACAGUGGGGGAAGUGUUGUGCUUUCUUUUAAAUACAAAAAAACUUAGAAGCAGGACAUGGUAAGAAUCUAGCUCCAGUAAAAACAGCCAGCCACUAUCAGUCAUAUUGGAUCAACUAAUCAAAUUCUGGAUGGAUAGAACAAUACAUUCUUUUAUGAAGUUUUAGGCCUUAAUCCAAGGACAGUCAGUCAUGCGCUCAGUUGUUAAAAUUAGUCAUAACGAAACUACUACUUUUAUGAAUAUUAAUAUACCACUCUUCAACCAAAGUUCUCAAAGCAGUUUACAUGGAAAAGUAAAUACAUAAAUAAGAUGGCCCCCUGUCCCCAAAGGCUCACAACUGAGCCCAAAGAGAUUAAAUAAUUUGGUUUCAGUGGUGCUUAAGCAUGACUAAUUUAUCUGAGGCCACAGUCACAAGGCCAGGGAAAUAAUAAAAGAAUAACAGGAGCCUGGAGUAGCAAUCCUAUGCACACUGAUUUAGGGGUAAUCUCCUCUUAAAUUCUGUUGCAUUCAGCAAGCAUGCAUGGGUGUUACAAAAAUUUCAGUCUUAGGUUUAUGUUAGAAACUGGGAUUAAAAGGAAUUUAUCCUCAAAUAAAUAAACCCAGAUGUCUUAAUAUAUAACAUCAAAAUAAGUAUGGGAAAGGACUGCUCUGGAUUAGUUAAUGUUACUAAUAUUGUCUGCAAGUAAAUUGAUUUUAAACUAAGCAAUGGUUAUUCACAUCGUUUUGAAUAUAUUCAUCCAUUCUAAUCGCCUCUGAUAAAGGCUCAAGUGAGAAUGCAAAGAAAGGAGAGGACAGCCAUUGGCUAUUAAAACAUUCAAAUACAAAACAUUAACCCUUGGUAACUUGGCAAAGAGGCACCUUUUAAUGUGGUGAUUCUCUUUAUUUAGCAGGGGGAGAGUAACUGGUCCUAUCCAACACCAGCACAGUACCUCCCGUGACUCUUGCUGGUGUCUAUUUUAUGUUUCUUUUUAGAUUGUGAGCCCUUCGGGGACAGGGAUCCAUCUUAUUUAUUAUUUCUCCGUGUAAACCACCCUGAGCCUUUUUUGGAAAGGCAGUAUAGAAAUAGAAUAAAUCAAUAAUAAAUACUUGUCCAUUGA